UUAGUAGAAUGCUCUCGUUUUUCUCCUGGUACUGCUACAUUUGUAAUGGAAUUGCAAUAUUUCUCAAUGGGAUUCUAUUGUUUUUAUCUUCUCACAAAAGUAUUGAAACCAUCCGGGAGCUUCGUUACUUUCUCUCCAACAUUGCUGCUUCUGGAAUUGUUUUUGGUGCAUCUCUUCUUCUUCUCCAGCCUCAAACAGUAACACGUGGAUCUAUGACAAUCCGUGUAAUUCAUGGGCCGGCACAGUAUCUUCCAGAAAACGCUUUGAAAGCAGUUGGAUGUGUUUCAGUAAUUUCCUAUUUAUAUGCGAUACUGUCGUUUCCACUUUUCUUUUUCUAUCGAUCUAUGAUUCUUGCAAAUAGUAACAUGUUUGGACAGUAUUUUACAAAAAACACACUGCUUAUUACGUUUGUGGUUAUUUUUAUAUUAUGCUGCAUUGAAAGUGUAUUCUUUUAUUACUCGAGUAUUCCAUAUGCGGAUCUACUGGAUCGUGCCAAUCGAACAACAUCAAUAGUUGAAGAAUUUGAAAACUCGACACUGAUAUUAACUCAACAUCUUCGAAAUAUUGAUAUAAAUUCUCAACACACAACUUCAUCUUCAAAUAACGUGUCAAGUGGAGUAAUCCAGACUCAAGAAGAGCUAAGUCUCGGAAAGCAUCACUUAUCCUUAUUUGGAGACGAUUACAGCCGAAAUCCUCUAAUAAUAAUAUUUCAUGGAACUCUUCUCGUGUGCCAUGUGCUCUCAUAUCUUAUCAUUCUAAUCUGUGCACAUUUCAUGUUGAACACACUCAAACGAAAACAAGGAACAAUGUCGCAAGACACGUUUCUCGAGAAUGAGCUACUCGUCCAUUCUGUGUUCGCCGAAGCCUUUGUGCCGUUGUUGUUCUCAGCACCGGUUGGAGCGAAUGCGGUGCUUGUAACAGUUUUUGAGAAUAGUCUUAAAUGGCAAGAGUUUCUACCAGCGUAUUGCAUGUCAAUGGUUCCCGUUUUAUCACCACUUUGCACAAUUAUAUUCAUUGAACCAUACAGAAGAGCCAUUUUGUCCUUUGUAACUUUGAAAGCAUUACGAGGAACAAUCAAUAACUCAAACACCCAAAAUCAAAAUAAUGAUUCAUAACUUUGACUUAUUUGUAACUAUUUUGUUAUAGCAAUUGUACUCUUUUUUAAACAGCAGUAAUUUUUCAGUAAUUCUUUUCAAAAAAUUUGUGAUAACUUAAUUGAGACCUAAUUUAAUUGAGAGCGAUCGUAAUACUCAGGAACACUUAGCAUGAAGAUUUUAAAUUGUAAUUGUAAGUCGAAAUAAAUGUAUUGUCAUUAAA